CGCUGACACUAAUUGUUUUUCUCCAAACCAGAGGCUAGGUAGGGGGCUGUAGCAUUAGAUCAAUCCUUUCAAUGGCAGCAUACAUGGUGAAGCAAAUUGCUUUUCUUGAAACCAGAGACUAGGGCUGUAGCUUUCAGAUCAAUCUCUUCAAUGGCAGCAGAUAAUCCAAUUAAAAUUCUCCUUUUUCUGUCUCAUAUGUAAAUCGGAGUGAAAAAAAAGAAAAAGAAAAAAGAAAUCCAAAAUGUGGUAAUGUUUUAAAUCGCAGUUCGCAGAUAAGGUGAAGCAAAUCAAAACUCGUGCUUGUAAACGUAGCCGGAAGCAAGCCAAGCGAAAGCAUAGUCACCGAGCAAGAGAAAGAUGGUGAGCGGAAAACAGAAGAAGCAAAUGGAAAGCAGAAGCCAAAGCAGCCAACAUGAUGGUGGUGGUCAUGGUUCGGAUGAUUAUUUGAAUGAGAGAGAGUUACUGCUCACUUUCCGUGCACACCUGCAUCUCAUCAAUGUUUUUGAUUGGAUCGAAAGCGUGUGGAAAGCCAUGGUGGGUUACUAUGAGAAUCGAGCUGGAAGCCCUGCUACUUUGUCUUCGCUUCAACAGGCCUUUGCUAAAUAUAAUGAUGAAUACAAGGUGACAACCAUGCUAGUUCAUUAUGGCAUACAUUUUGAUCCGAUACUGAACAUGUUAGUUGGCGAUGAUAGUUGUUGGAUUCAGGCUGAAACGGACAUGCCUAGUUAUCAAGAGACAAUACGAUAUAUGAAGGAACGUGUAUUUGUGAACUAUUAUCUGCUUGAAGCUAUCUUUUCCUCUUAUUAUCUGCGUGCAGCUUCCUUUUCCGCUUUUUGUAAAAAAGUUUAUGAUCCUCGUGCUUCUUCGUUCAAUGCUAGAGCUUUACAAUCUCAUGAGGUAAAAAUUGGUAAUUUAUCAAAGAAAGAUGUGGAAGAGAUGAAAGCAAAGCUAUCUCAUAUUAAUGUCCGGUUUGAUCAGUUGACAUCAAGGCAUUCUUCCAUUGUUUCUGAGGUUCUUGCGGUUAGAGAUCAAUUGAAAGAUCUGAAGAUGAUGAAAAGGAGUUUACUUAGAUGAGUUUGAGGACCUCAAUACAUGUUUUUAUGUAAUUUGAAUUGUCUGUAAGUUUUUCAUUUCUGCAAUGUGCCGUGUCUGCUCAUUUACCUGUCAUUUUGGUGUUCUCGUGGUGUUUUAAUGUUACUUCAAACAUUUA